CCCGCCACCGCACCACACCACAACUCCGACUCAUGAACGCUUUGCGCCCUCAGAGGCUACUCGAUCAGGGUGGUGGUAUGCAUGAGCUACCGGGACUCGAAGCACGCAACGUCAGACCGCGCGGCCCGGUCGCACUAUGCCGACACGACGACGGCACAGAAGACAAGAAACCUUCGGCUCGGCCCGACCGGGCUGUCGGAGAUCACAUCGGAAACGUUACACCAAAGGAAAAGCUCGCAGACGAUUCUCAACUGUGGGCCGAGAAUGUCGACAACUGGUAUAAAGGCUUGUCGACCUACGCACACCCUCUAUAUUAUCAAACGAAGAAACAGCUUGUGAAUACUGAAGCAAUGGGUAUUACAACUAAACAGAGCAUUGAGGCUACGAGUGUGGAAAGCAAGUUUGAUUUCGAGAAUGCAGAAGCAAGUCAUGACAAUAAUUGUGAUGACGGAGGUCUAAAAGACGAUUUAGAAAUUAAUAUAAAGUCUCGUAUACCAGAGCCAAAUAGACUGAAAGAAUCUCGUGGUUUUAGAGAUAUACGUCGGUAUGACGGUGGACUGAAUAGGGUUGGAAACUCGAUACAUGACUAUGAUGAUUGUGAUAUAGAUUUAAGGAAAAAGUAUAGGAAACAAGUAGGAGAUAAUUUAGUAGUACCAACUCCGUCGGAUUUAAAUCCCAGGAACAUUAGACGUAUGACUAUAGGGCAGAUAGCUUUGCCACAAACUCAAGAUACCUUUUAUGUAGAAGCAGAUAACAAUACCAAAAGUAUUAAUUGUAUAGAUAUGCUGAGUAGUUCCAACAGUAUUAUUGAAAAAGAGGAUUCUCCUCCUCCUAGAGAGUGUAGCCAAGUAGAUGGUCCUUCAAGUCCAUUAUGUGCUAGUCCAAACAAGACCACUGAUGAUACGAAUGCUGACAGGCCGAGCCAAUCACUUGAUCAGCCUGCGAAAGAGUGUGGCCCACGCGAUGAAGUGGAAGAUAUAUCUUGGCUAACAACCCCAACACUAGACAGUGAUAAUCAUUCUCAAGGUAAAGAUAUAGAAUUGACUGAGGUAAAGCCUAAAAGUCUAAGCAUCUAUAGCAUAGAAAAUCUAAACAUCAACAAUAUAGAGGAACUAGACAUCAGUAAUUUAGAAAAUCUAACCAUCUGUGAUGUAGAGGGUUCAUAUGAACAAUUUAUGUUAAACCAACAAGUAUUUCUACAAAGUAUAGAGGGUGAUGGCAGUAUUAAGUAUAUACCCCCAGACUGUGAGAAGGAGAACCAAAUUGACACUUUAGCUGUAACUGAACCUGCAACAUGUAAUUCCAAUAAAGAUACAGAAACGAGCGUUCAGUCGAUAUUGUCUCGGUGCCCGGACCCGACGUGCGGAGAGCAUGACUGCCAGGUCGACAGUCACCGCAAGCCGCAUGAUGAGCAAAACACGACGAACGACCAGAUCGUCUUAGCCCAGCUUCCUAACAAUGCUUAUAUUUUUUUAACAUUACCUCAGCCUUUAACUUCACAUAAUAAUGUUAACAUUUCUGUCCAGCCACUUCAAAUAGAAAAUAGUAACGAUGUUAAUCCUAUUGUCUCUAAAAGUAAUAACAAAUCCAACAAUAAUAAGAAGAAAAAACAAAAAGCUCCUGGCGGCACCUCAGAACAAGCCGUCAGUAGCGAUGCGAAGAAAAGUGCUCUAGAUAAAAAUAUCCUUAAAGUACUACUGUUUGAAAAUCUCUUUAAUAACAACGUUAACGAAAAUAUAUCGCACACUUCCGAGGUGCCUGCUAUCACCAGUAAAGAGGUCGAUUCCGCUAUUUCGUUUAGUUGCAUCACAACUCCAGAGGUUGUGUCCAGUUGCAACACGACGUCAUCCACGGCGCAGUCGGCGGUCGCCGUCGAUCCCAAGCCUCGCAGCGUCAUCUCCAGCAGCUUCAACGGGCUGCCACUGUCACGACCCAACUACGGCGCCACUGCCAACUCCGCUCCAGAAGAGUACAAGAAGUCACUAGAUGAAAACGGCAACUCAGUACAAGGAUUCAGUUCACCUCUUUCGGGAUCUAGUCAACACAAAAAACCUAGGAGGAAAAAGUCUUCAAAAAAUGAGACCGUUAUCGACUGCCAGCAAAUUGACGGCUACCAAGGUGAUAAGGAUGUAAACGAGCUCUUGCGAUUUAUAGAAUCGAACGCAGACAAUGGUCGCGGUCCAAAACUAGGACGGGUCAAGCACAAGGAUGACUCCGACGACAAGAGCGGCAAAAAACGCUCCACCGAGCGACGUAAAGAUAAAGAAAAUAAAAUCAAACGCGCUACCUCCAUGGAGGAACUAUCUCGCACCAAGAUAGAAGACCUCACCGACGCGACCGAGUCCCCACUGCGCAGCGACAAGAAGGAGCGCCGCGGCGACGUACCCAAUAAGGCAGAGCGACGCUCUUGGGGAGACGACGCGAGAGACACCAUACUCUACAACGACCAUCCCACUGACAGCCCCGUCGCCGCCGCAGAGCUCACAGACUUCCAGACCGUCACAAAGAAGCGCAAGCCGCGCCGACGCACUGACGAACCAGAACCCGCUCCGCGACGCACGAGGCCCCCCUCGCCACGUCCCCGUCGCGAGUCCGCGCCCCCCUCCGACCGCAGCAACGACUCCAACGACGACAUGGACUCUGUGCACUCUCUGCCCAGCGCCCCGCCUGCGCCCCCCGCCGCGCCCCCGCCCGCGCAGGCCUCCUACGCCGAUAUCGCGCGCACGCGCCACAACAUCCCAGACCUCAUCGAGUCCUGCAACUUCUACGGCGACGGCGUAGCUCCGCCCGCCACUGCUCCCGCCGACGCAGACGGGUACCCCGCGCUGGACGCGCGCCAGGCGGCCCGGCGCCGCGACAAGGCGCCCCCGCUGCGUCGCAAGGAGCGCGCCGCGCCGCCGCCCGACAGCCUAUUGGGCGGCGGCACGCGCCGGCCGCGCUGCGAGCUGGCGCUGGGGGCGCUGGCGCGGCCGCGCUGCGACCUGGUGCGCGACGCGGCGGACGCGGUGGCGGUGCACGCGGGGCUGAGCGCGCUGCGCUACGUGCCGCCUGCGACGGCGCCGGACGCGGCCGCGCUGCUGCAGAUCGUAGACUACGUGGGCGCGGCCUGGGACGACGUGCUGCGCUGCGGGGCCGGCAAGGUGCGCUACUACAGCGAGUAG